AUCAUCCAUCCCGCGACCGGAUCUCCGCUAGAAUCUACCAUCCCGCAGCAGUUUUUUUUGUUUUUAAGCAGAAAUUGACCAAUCCACCCGCGCGUGUUCAGUCGGCAUUACGGUAAAACGCGCUCCAUACUGGCCAUUACGGUGUCUGCGCCGAGACGUCAGAGGAAAGGAAGAUGGCUGCCGGUCUGAAGGCGGAAGAAGGUCAGUGGAGGUGGCCGCGCUUUUGGUGAGACCACCCUGCAUGGACUCAUCACCAUGAACAACAAGGAGAUGGUUUCCACAGGUUACACCCAGGAAACGCACUUGACACAGAGUAAAGGACCGAGGAGCAAGCUGCUAGAGUGCCUCCCUCGCUCGUCCUGUCUCCCCAACGAGCGUCUGAGAUGGAACACUAAUGAGGAGAUCGCGUCUUAUCUGGUGAGCUUUGAGAAGCACGACGAGUGGCUCUCCUGCACCCUGAAAACCAGGCCGAGGAACGGCAGCAUCAUCCUCUACAACAGAAAAAAGGUCAAGUACAGGAAGGACGGCUACUGCUGGAAGAAACGCAAGGACAGGAAGCACACCCGGGAAGACCACAUGAAGCUGAAGGUGCAAGGAAUGGAGUGUCUCUACGGUAACUAUGUCCAUUCCGCCAUUGUGCCAACAUUCCACCGCCGGUGCUACUGGCUGCUGCAAAACCCAGAUAUUGUGCUGGUCCAUUACCUGAACGUGCCCUCCAUGGAGGAUUCCGGGAAAUGCAGUCCGCUUCUCUGCGGCGCGACCGGCCGCCACGACGCCGUGAAAUGGAAUCGCGACGACUUGCUCGGACAGCUCAAGCCCAUGUUUCACAGCAUCAAGUGUUCCGGCGGGGGCGGGGACUUCACCAUCGAGGAGCUGGUGCAGCUCAUCCUGGAGCGCCAGAGAACCAAACCACAGCCGCGCACGUACGCCUGCCUGUGCAAUGGCAACCAGGGACGGAACAUUCCCCACAGCUGCACCAGCACCAAGCAUCGGAUCAUCUCCCCCAAGCUGCCCCCUUCGUCCUCCUCGCCGCUGACCUUGGAGACGGAGGAGCUGGGGGGCGGCGGGGGAGACGCCAAACUGCCCCAGUUCCAGGCUCGGGGCAGCCCCACCUCCUCUCCCGGCCCCGCCUCCACGUCGGCCACGUCCCCACCACUGACCACCGUGGCGCUGCCGCACAACGCCGUCAUUGUCAUGGCGACCACCAGCGCCAUCUCCGCGGGCCCCAGGGAGGACCCGCCCAAGGAGAGCCUGUCGCUGGCCCGCUCCACGCAAUUGCUUCUCUCGCCCGCCCUCCCCCAUCACAGCAGGCCCCACUUGCCCUGCCCGCCCUCCCCCACGCCUCCCUCCCUCCCCGCGCCCGUCCGCCACACCCUCUCGCUCACCCUCCUUCCCUCUCCCGUCAUCGGAGGCCUGCUUCUGGCUCCCUCCUCUGCCGCCUCCCCCCCCUUGUCUUUUUCCUCACCCUCUCUCCCACCGCCGUUCCUCCCACCCGCAUUUGAUCCCGACUCCUUCCUGAACUCCCCCAAGCAGGGCCAGACGUACGGCGGGCCCCUUCCUCCCAUCAUCCGCACCUCUUCCCCGGUCUCUCCCUCCUCUCUGGCACUGUCGCCCACGUCCACCCCGCCCUCGUCCGUCUCCCCUCCCUCGUCGCUGUCUUCGUCCUCCUGCGAGCCGGACAGGAAGGACGCGGCCUCGCUUCCGCCCUCCUUCCUCCUGUCCCCCACUUCCUUGGCAGCGCCGCCCCUCUGUCUGGAGCUGGGAGCGGUUGAGGUCCCGCCGGAGGUGGUCGGAGUCGACCGUGAGGAGAACGAGCGGGGAGGCGACGUUGCCGGCUCGGCGCUUCCCACAAAGCAUCAUCAGGACGAGAACUGUGGCUCAGCAGAAGAUCCCAGCCGGUCGGCAACACCAAGAAGUGGCACCGCGUCGCGGGAGCAGCCCGACGGUCGCCCGGAAGACGUCACCAUGCAAAGCGCCGCUCGGCCGCCGCCCGCCCCGCGCGCGAAGCGGGUCAACGGGCCGAGCCUCGGUGCCGACACCCCUCCCAUGGACACGGAGCAGGAAGCGGAGGAUCUGGAAAUCUCCUUCGACAGCCAGUUUCCGGACCUCAUCUCCGACCUCAUCACAGCGGAGGCCACUCCCGCGGCGACGGCGCCUCCCUGCGCCCCCGCCGAGGUGGCCCCCAACCCGGCCGUUUUCUCCGCCGGGAUUCGUUACGUGGUGCCCCCGCAACCUUCCCCUUCCACUUCCUUCCUCCCUUUUCCUCAGCCGCUGCCAUCUUCGUCGCCGCUCGCCUCCAUCACGGAUUUCUCCCCGGAGUGGUCGUAUCCCGAGGGUGGGGUGAAAGUGUUAAUUACAGGACCGUGGAGUGAGCCGUCGGGCCGCUACUCGUGCGUGUUUGAUCAGAGCGCCGUCCCGGCUUCGCUGAUCCAGCACGGCGUGCUGCGCUGCUACUGCCCCGCGCACCAGGCCGGUCUGGUGUGUCUUCAGGUUGUGGAGUCGGGGGGUUCCGUGUCCUCGUCGGUUCUGUUCGAGUACCGUGCCAGAAAUGCCAGCUCGCUGCCCAGCUCUCAGCUCGACUGGCUGUCAUUGGACGACAAUCAAUUCCGGGUGUCCAUCCUGGAGCGCCUGGAGCAGAUGGAGCGCAGGAUGGCGGCGAUGGCGGCCCGCGACAUCGCGCAACAGCAGCAGCCACGGCAGCAGCACGCUGGCAGCCGAAUGGCCGCCAGCGUGCCCCACCACCCUCCGCAAACCCCCGAGGAUCGCGACCAGUCGUCCCAGUGGUUCGAGAGGAGGAUCGUGCGAGUGUGCGAGAGGAUGAUGAGAGGAGUGCGCUGGAGCGGAGGCGACGACGAGCGCCUUCAGCACUCGGCGCGGCACCGAGGGAUGACGCUGCUCCACCUGGCCGCCGCGCAGGGUUACUCUCACCUGAUACACACGCUGAAAACUUGGAGACGUGUACACAGCGACAGUUUGGACGUGGAACAGGAAGUUGACCCGCUCAACGUGGACCACUUUUCCUGCACGCCGCUGAUGUGGGCGUGCGCUCUGGGCCACCGGAGGGCGGCGGAGCUCCUGUACGGCUGGAGCGGCGUUGCUCUCGGCAUCCCGGACUCGCUGGGCCGCCUCCCGCUGGCCGUGGCCCGCUCGCGGGGGCACACCUGUCUGGCCGCCGCUGUGGAGGAGCUGCACACGCACGCCGUGGCCUCCCCGCCGUCGACGAGCCCGGACACAGGUGUCAGUUCCUCCAGCAGCCUCGCCCCUUCGCCCUCCCAAAGUUCGGCCGCCCCCAUGGACACCUCCCCCUCCCCCUCGUCCCCGUCCUCAUCGUCCUCGUCUUCCUUGCCAGUGGAGGGGCCGCGUGCAGCUUUGAACCUUUUGGAGUGUCCGAGCGAGGGGCCCGGGCGCCCCCGCCGGCCGCCCGCGCUGGCAGAGCAGCUCCUCGGCGACGGCGACGACAUGGAGAACGAGGGAGACGAGGAGGAAGAGGUCGACAUGGCGACGCUCGCGAAGCAGAUCAUAGAGGGGACACCGGAGCGGAUCAAGCGCGAGGAUUUCCCCGGGGAGGCCGGGUCGCCGCUCCGUGAGAGGCGGGACGUUCAGGACACCUGGCUGGCGACAUACCUGGACACGGUGGACACCCCCACGGAGGCCCCGUCAUGGCGGGUGCGCCCCCCCUCGCCUCUCAGCGCCUUGGCCCUCCAGAGGCUGCGCCCUCCUUCCUCCGCAGCAUGGGCCGAGUUUCUGAACGCGUCGGCCAACGGAAGGAUGGAGCGCGACUUCGCCCUGCUCACCCUGACUGACGGCGAGCAGAGGGAGCUCUACGAGGCGGCCAGGAUCAUCCAGAACGCCUUUCGGAGAUACAAGGGUCGCAGGUUAAAGGAGCAGCAGGACAUGGCUGCAGCCGUCAUACAGAGAUGCUACCGCAAAUAUAAACAGUAUGCUCUCUACAAGAAGAUGACCCAGGCAGCCAUCUUGAUCCAAUCCAAGUUUCGCUCCUACUACGAGCAGAAGCGCUUCCAGCAGAGCCGGCGUGCGGCCGUGCUCAUUCAGCAGUACUACCGCAGCUACAAGGAGUACGAGAGGCUCAAACAGAGCCCGGGCAGCUGCGGCGCAGGCCACAACCCCAAAAUCAAGGGGACCUUCCUGACCAAGAAACAAGACCAGGCCGCACGCAAGAUCAUGAGGUUCCUGAGACGUUGCAGGCACCGGAUCAAGGAGCUGAAGCAGAACCGGGAGCUGGAGCGACGAGGUCUGACCACGUAAAGCUGCAGCACUUGACGACGGAUGUCCAUCUUUGUUGAUAUUCACGUUGGUACGCACGAAUCCAUACGUACAACGCGCAGGAC